UCCCUCUGUGCAUGCUAUUCCUCAGCUCUUCCUCCCGGUCAGACCCCAAAGCCUGCUGCCUGAAGCCUGGUCCUGCUGGCGCUCCUUCUUGGCCGCCGACUUUGCUACAAAAUGCGGGAAGUGUGGACCCGGCUACGCUACCCCUCUGGAGGCCAUGAAAGGACCCAGGGAGGAGAUUGUCUACCUGCCCUGUAUUUACCGAAACACUGGCACUGAGGCCCCGGAUUAUCUGGCCACUGUGGACGUUGACCCCACGUCUCCCCACUAUUGCCAGGUCAUCCACCGGCUGCCCAUGCCAAACCUGAAGGAUGAGCUGCAUCACUCGGGAUGGAACACCUGCAGCAGCUGCUUCGGGGACAGCACCAAGUCACGCAACAAGCUGAUACUGCCCUGUCUCGUGUCCUCCCGUAUCUACGUGGUGGAUGUGGGCUCCGAUCCCCGGGCCCCGAAGCUACACAAG